UUUUCUAAACUCUUAUGCCUCUUCAAAAGGGAAUUCGAUUCUGGUUUUUGCCGAAGAAAUUUCUACAGAGAGAAAGAGAAAAACAAGGAAGAAGAAGAAGAACAAGAUGUCUUCUUCGUCAGCUACAGUUGGAGUUGACAAAGCAACAAGUGAUCUUCUAAUUGGUCCUGAUUGGACUAUGAACAUAGAUAUCUGUGAUUCUAUCAAUAAUCAUCGAUGGCAAGCUAAAGAUGUUAUUAAGGCUUUGAAGAAACGUUUGCAACAUAAGAAUCCGAAAGUUCAGCUUCUCGCGUUAACGCUUUUGGAGACAAUGGUUAAGAAUUGCGGUGAUAUCGUGCAUUUCCAGAUUGCGGAUAGGAAUAUUUUGCAGGAGAUGAUUAAAAUUGUGCGGAAGAAGAUGGAUAUGCAUGUGAGGGAUAAGAUUUUGGUAUUGUUAGAUUCUUGGCAAGAAGCGUUCGGUGGAGCUGGUGGGAAGUAUCCACAAUAUUACUGGGCAUAUGAAGAACUAAGAAGAUCUGGUGUUCAAUUUCCUGAGCGUUCAAGAGAUGCAGCUCCGAUACAUACACCGCCUGCUGCACCUUCAGCGCCAAGACAUUCUCAGGCUGGCUAUGGAAUGCCAAGUGAUACUUCACAGAGACUUGAUGAAGCUAUGGCAUCAGAAACGGAAAACUUAAGUAUGGCAAAUUUGUAUUCCAUGCGAAGUGUUCAGGAGCUCCUAAGUGACAUGCUACAAGCUGUGAAUCCAACUGACCGUGAGGCUAUUAAAGAUGAAGUGAUAGUUGAUUUGGUUAGCCAGUGCCGCUCCCACCAGAAAAAGCUUAUGCAGAUGUUGACUUCGACUGGAGACGAGCAGCUUCUUGGUCAGGGUCUUGAAUUGAAUGACAGCUUACAGAGUGUGUUAGCGAAGCAUGAUGCCAUAGCAUCUGGAUCACCUUUGCCUGCUGAGAUGAUCAAUAACUCGCCAUCUGGAUCACCCUUGCCUGCUGAGGUGACCUAUAAUAACUCAGCCAGCCCUGUACCAACCGAAGUAAGAGAUGCCAGUCCGAGAUCAAAUCCUGCUGCUACUAGUAUUGCAUCUGCCACAAGUAGCCAGCUGGAAGAGGAGGAGGAUGAGGACGACGAUUUUGCACAAUUGGCGCGCAGGCGUACAAAGGCAAGUGCUAUGUCAUCUGAAAUUAGUGUCCAGAGUGAUGGUGCAGUUCCACCACCCUCAACAUCUAGCCCAAGUAAUGCAUUGGUUCUGACAACGCCACCUCCUGCAGUUAGGACCAGCGCCACAAAAGAACAGGACAUAAUUGACUUACUGAGCAUCACUUUAUCUACAACUUCAGUAUCACCUCAUGCGCCUCAAUCAAACACAAAUCAAACCAUGAAUCAGGUCCCUUACUCCACCACCAGUGAAAGAAGUCCCUAUGGCUCGCAGGUUUAUGCUGAAAAUCAAGGAAAAGCAACUUAUAGCAAUUACGUAGCACCAUGGGCACAGCCCCAACCACAAUUUCAACAAUGGGUUGCACCACAGCCUCAACCAUGGGCUGGACAACAAUCUCAACCACGGCCACAGCAAUGGGUUGCACAACAAUCUCAACCGCAGGCUCAACAGUGGACUGCGCAACAAGCUCAACCACAGUCACAACAAACACAACCAUGGGUUCAGCACCAAGCUCAACCACCACAAGCACGAGCGCAGCCACAACAAUGGGCUGAACAACAAGCUCCACAACAUCCCCAACAACAACCUCAAGCUCAGGCUCAGCACCAAGCUCAACCACAACAACCACAACCUCAAUCAUGGGCUCAGCACCAAGCUCAACCACAACAACAACAGCCUCAAGCUCAGGCUCAGCACCAACCUCAACCACAACAACCACAGUCGCAGCCGCAACAAUGGGCACAACCAGAAUCACAACCUCAGCCACAACCGUGGGUGCAGCAGCAAGCUCAACCACAAGCCUGGGCUCAACCACAAUCACAGCAGUGGGGUCAACAGCAAGCUCAAGGACAAGCACAAGCAUGGGCUCAACGACAACAGCAAUCACAACCACAACUUCAAGCUCCUCGGCAAUCUUUCAAUUACCCUCCGCCACCAUGGGCCACUGCUACUACUACCACGACACAAGUAGCUAAAUUGCAGAGCCACAACUCUUUUCCCGCUAGAGGAAGCAAUGGAUCAGCUAUUUCAGAAGGACACAAACCAUUUAUCCCCUCGUAUAGACUGUUUGAAGAUCUGAACGUUCUUGGAAGUUCAGAUGGAGGUAGCACCAACUCCCCGAGAAUAUCAGGCCAAAGCAUGUUGGGUGGAAGAAAGUAAAUGAGUGAUGAUUGAUUGUGUUUAUAUAAAAAUCUCACAUUCUUUACUACUGUUUACUCUUGAAGACCUUUUUGGAAUUUUAAACUGGAUGUCAGUGGCCGUAGUGUAUAUUUUAGGGUUAUUUUCUACCAUAUUUUGACAUCAUUAACUUGCAUGCAUAGAAACAUCCACAUAUAUUAGAUACCUUUCUUUUUUCCUCUGUAAAUCAUGUCAAUCCUGUUUUUCAAUUUUGCAUUUUUGUGUUU